GCUGGCUUUCAUUUUGGUUUUUUUUUAAUUUGAGGUCACGUGCACGUUGACAGUGUCUUUGAAUCUAAGCGAUGGUCUGGUCUCGAGCUUAGAAAGAGCUUUGGAGCUCUUCCCUCUGUUGUUUUCUCUCUGUUCAGGAACAAAGAGAUUUUUUUCUGCCUUUAAUUAAAAGGAAUAUUAAUUCUCCGCUCCUUUGUCAAGCGACUCGAAGACGCCCCGCCAACCGUCCGUCCGCUGGGCAGCGCGGUGGGGUGAGCUGUGCUAUGGUACGGGGCACGGAGAUGUGGGGGAUCCCUCCCAAAACCCCACGGCAAAGGUGGAGCAGCGGCCGGGGAGGAUGCUGACAGCCCCGGCGCCCACGGUCCUCGGAGCCUCGUGGGGCCGAGCUGCCACCCCGGGGCGGGCGUUUGGGUCCCUGGAGGAGGAUAAGGCAGGUCCCCCCCGCGCAGAGCGUUUCCACGCGGGGAGAAGUUUUGAGUGUUGCUUGUGCUGUGGUUGGGGAGGAAAGCGGAGAUGAAGUUGGCUGUGGAAAGGGAUUUUUCCCUGCCGGCUGCCUCCCGGCAGGCCCGGCCGGUGUCCGCGCUGGCAGAUAACGCGGAGACGCGGGCUGCCACCAUGCCCGACUCGCCGGCCGACGUGAAGACGCAGUCCAGGUCCACACCGCCCAGCAUGCCUCCGCCACCGCCGGCCGUCACGCAGGGAGCCACGCGCCAUCCCUCCUUCACACCAAACACCAAUCGAGACGCUGGCCCUCCGACGUUUCUGCCUCGCGGCCGUUUUCAUGGUUGCUUGAAAUGGUCGAUGGUCUGUCUUUUGAUGAACGGGAGCAGCCACUCACCCACCGCCAUCAAUGGGGCUCCAUCCACCCCCAACGGGUUCAGCAACGGGCCGGCCACCUCCUCCACCGCCUCCCUCUCCACCCACCAGCUCCCCCCGGCCUGCGGUGCCCGCCAGCUCUCCAAGCUCAAGCGCUUCCUCACCACACUGCAGCAGUUUGGCAAUGACAUCUCCCCCGAGAUCGGGGAGCGGGUGCGCACCCUCGUCCUGGGGCUCGUGAAUUCCACGCUCACCAUCGAGGAGUUUCACGCCAAGCUCCAGGAGGCCACCAACUUCCCGCUGCGACCCUUCGUCAUCCCCUUCCUCAAGGCGAACUUGCCGCUGCUGCAGCGGGAGCUGCUGCACUGUGCCCGCAUGGCCAAGCAGACCCCGGCCCAGUACCUGGCCCAGCACGAGCAGCUGCUGCUGGAUGCCAACGCCUCCUCUCCCAUCGACUCCUCCGAACUGCUCCUGGAGGUGGGCGAGAGCGGCAAGAGGAGGACGCCAGACAGGACCAAAGAGAACGGUUUGGACCGAGACCCUCUGCACCCCGAGCACCUCAGCAAGCGGCCGUGCACCAUGAGCCCGGCGCAGCGCUACAGCCCCAGCAACGGGCUCAGCCACCCUCCCAACGGGCUGGGGCACCCCCCUGCCGCCCCCCCCUUGCCCCAGCACUACCGCCUGGAGGACAUGGCCAUGGCGCACCACUACCGCGACGCCUACCGCCACCCCGACCCCCGGGAGCUCCGCGAGCGCCAGCGGCCUGCCGCGGUGCAUGGGGCACGGCAGGAGGAGGUGAUCGACCACCGGCUCACCGACCGGGAGUGGGCAGAGGAGUGGAAACACCUCAAUAACCUGCUGAACUGCAUCAUGGACAUGGUGGAGAAGACGCGGCGGUCACUGACGGUGCUGCGGCGGUGCCAGGAGGCCGACCGGGAGGAGCUCAACCACUGGAUCCGGCGCUACAGCGACGCCGAGGACAUGAAGAAAGGCAGCCCCCCCUCCGCCCGCCCCCACAACAGCUCCUCCGCCUCCGAGGCACCCCAGUUAGAUGCUCACCGGGAGUUCACACCACGGCCCCUCUCCGGGUACAUGCCGGAGGAGAUCUGGAGGAAGGCUGAAGAAGCCGUGAACGAGGUGAAGCGCCAGGCCAUGUCCGAGCUGCAGAAGGCCGUGUCAGACGCCGAGCGGAAAGCCCACGAGCUGAUCACGACGGAGCGAGCCAAGAUGGAGCGAGCCCUGGCCGAGGCCAAGCGCCAGGCUUCGGAGGAUGCCCUCACCGUCAUCAAUCAGCAGGAGGACUCCAGCGAGAGCUGCUGGAACUGCGGGCGCAAAGCGAGCGAGACCUGCAGCGGCUGCAACACCGCCCGCUACUGCGGCUCCUUCUGCCAGCACAAGGAUUGGGAGAAGCACCACCACGUCUGCGGGCAGACUCUGCAAGGGCUACCAGCCCCUGCCGCCCCCACCUCCGGCGUGGGGCUUCCUCCGGGCCCCUGCCAACCCGACGGGGUGGCCACCAUCGCCAGCAGCCCCAGCGAGACGGGCUCGGCGGCCGUAUCCCGUGCCGGCACGCCGGCCACCCCGGCCCCGCUGGAGAGCGCGUCCCGCUGAGCCCUCGGACUGCUGCCGCCGCCGCCGCCGCUGCUGCUGCUACCACCGCUCUCCAAAAGACAUGGACUGCACUCGAUGCAAUUUCCUCAGCUACCUGACUCGUGUGACCUCCGAAACGACCUCUCUAGCUCUCACAAAUAAUCCUCACGGAUCCUCAAACUGGGCUUUAAGUGGAGUUAAGGCAAAUACCGGUCUUCUCUGUUCUCUCUUCGGUCUUUGUUUUGGGCUUUUGGUUUUUUUUUUUUGGUUGGUUUUUCUAUCGGUUGGGGGAUUAUGGUUCCUUUUUUUGUUGGUUUUUUUUGGGGUUGUUUUUUUGGUUUUUUUUUUUCCUUUUCUUCUUUCUGGAUGAGGGAUUUGGCUGCAUCCUCACCACACAGUGAUGUGAGGAGAGGCCGGCUCACCCCCGGCCCUGGCCCGCAUCAGCGCUGCCGAGGGGCUCGCUUGCAGGAGGAAAGAAACUUCUUUUCUUCGUCUCUCUCUUCCUUUUUUUUU